GUUUGACUUUCUUCCACUGAAAGGCGUUUGACAGCUUGUCGUAAUAUAGGGAAUGGGAGCGAAGCGAUAGCAUUAUAUUCAUCUCCAAAAUACCAUAUAAUGCGCCAUCCCUCAAAUAACCGGUUAUAGAGAAAAUGGUACCCAGUUCAACGACUGGUUCAAAACAGACAGCCUAGUUUUUUCAUUUUUUCCUUCCAAACAUAAUACUGGGAGCAUCGACCGCGCUGGGUUGGCCAUGAAUCCGGCGGAACAAACGGUUACUUGGCUCAUUACCCUCGGGGUUCUGGAAUCGCCGAAAAAGACUAUUUCGGAUCCCGAUGGAUUUCUGCAAUCCUCGUUAAAGGACGGGGUGGUCUUGUGCAGGUUACUGGAACGGCUGCGUCCAGGCACUGCUGAUAAAAUAUUCCAAGACCCCAAGAACGACAACGAGUGUUUGAGCAACAUCACACAGUUUCUCAAGGGUUGCGCUGUGUUCCGCGUUGAGCCAUUUGAGGCUGGUGACCUGCUUCAAGCCCACAACUUCAGCAAGGUCCUAAGUACACUGGUUGCCCUCAAUAAAGUGACUGCAGAUAUUGGCAUUGGCAGUGACUCUGUAUGUACGCGUCACUCCUCCGCCCACCGGAUCAAGUCCUUUGAAUCUUUGGCCUCCCAGUCCUCACUGGGCAGAUCUUCUAAAUUACUCCAUAACCAGUUCAGCAGCCUGGACAUGACGGAGAACAGUAAUGCUCAGUUAGUGGUAAAGGCUCGCUUCAACUUCCAGCAGACCAAUGAGGACGAGCUUUCUUUCAACAAGGGUGACAUCAUCAAUGUCAUUCGUGCAGAAGAAGGAGGUUGGUGGGAAGGAAGUCUCAGUGGCAGGACAGGCUGGUUUCCAAGCAAUUAUGUCAAAGAGAUCAAAGGGUUUGAUAAACCAGUGUCACCUAAAUCUGGAACUCUUAAAAGCCCACCCAAAGGCUUUGACACCACGGCUAUCAGUAAAACCUACUACAAUUUGGUGCUACAGAACAUUUUAGAAACUGAAACAGAUUAUUCAAAGAACCUCCAGAACCUAUUGUUCAACUACCUGAGACCACUACAUCUGGCAGAGAAACUGAGCUCAUCAGACGUUAGUGUCAUCCUCGGAAACCUGGAGGAAAUCAGCACUUUCCAGCAGACUCUGGUCCAAUCACUGGAAGACUGCACCAAACUUCCAGAGCUGCAGCAGAAGGUAGGAGGAUUUUUCAUGAAUCUCAUGCCCCAGAUGAGGUCUCUAUAUGUGUCAUACUGCUCCAACCACCCCUCAGCAGUCAGUAUUCUUACUGAGCACAGUGAGGAACUUGGGGAGUUCAUGGAGGGGAGAGGUGCGACCGUUCCAGGAAUUCUGACUCUGACCUCUGGCCUCAGCAAGCCCUUCAUGAGACUGGACAAGUAUCCCACAUUGCUGAAAGAACUGGAGAGACACAUGGAGGAGGGUCAUCCAGACAGAACAGAAAUCCAAAAGUGUAUGACAACAUUCAAGAACCUCUCUGCACACUGUCAAGAGGUGCGGAAACGCAAGGAGCUCGAGCUCCAGAUCCUGACUGAGACAAUUCGGCUCUGGGAGGGGGAGGACAUCAAGACCCUGGGUUCUGUGUUGUAUAUGAGCCAGGCCAUGGUCCAAAACCUCAGCUGUGAGGAGAGGCACGAGCGUUACCUUUUGCUGUUUCCUCACGUGCUGCUCAUCCUGUCUGCCAGUCCAAGGAUGAGUGGCUUUAUCUACCAGGGCAAGCUACCUUUGAGUGGGAUGACAGUGACCCCAUUAGAAGACUGUGAAAACCAUAAAAAUGCUUUUGAGCUCUCGGGCAGCAUGUUUGAGAGGCAUCGGGUGAUCUGCUAUAACAAACAGGAUCUACAGGACUGGCUCGAGCACCUCAACCGACAGACCAAGCACACCACCAUGGCAGCUCCCAGCAUAAAACCAUUAACUGUCCCCUGCCACACACUCCCGUCUCACCCUCUGACACCAUCCAGACAUGCAGAAAGCCGAGGCCUAACAGUCGCUCCUGCCUACCACACCCUCCCACACCCCACUUCUCAUGGGUCCCCUCACAGCACCAUGAUGUGGGGACCCCUGGAGCCCCCCAAAACCCAGAAACCCUGGAGCCUGAGCUGCCUGCGUCCAGCCCCCCCACUCAGACCCUCAGCUGCUCUCUGCUAUAAAGAGGACCUCAGUAAAAGUCCCAAGACUAUGAAAAAGCUGCUGCCUAAAAGAAAGCCAGAGAGGAAGCCAUCCGAUGAGGAGUUUGCACUGAGGAAGAGUACCGUAGCUCUGGAGGAGGAUGCUCAGAUACUGAAAGUGAUCGAGGCCUACUGCACAAGUGCCAAAACCAGACAGACUCUGAACUCAACAUGGCAAGGCACUGACCUCAUGCAUAACCAUGUUUUGGAUCAAUCCAACGUGGAUUCUCUGGGCCGGCGUAGCAGUAUCUCAAGGCCAGAGGGCAACUCUGAUCUCUCAGAGGACUCUGACUAUGACAGUAUAUGGACGGCCCACAGUUACAGGAUGGGCUCUGUAUCCCGGCAGUGGAAAGAUGCCGGUCCAGCACUGAUAGUUCCUGGAGAGAAGUUCAGUGUCGACGAGUUGAAGAGUAAUGGUCAGACUCUUCUGGAAGAGAAGAGCCUUGUGGAUGUUGUUUAUGCUAUGAGAGAUGAGGUACAAGAACUUAAACAGGACAAUAAAAAAAUGAAGAGAUCCCUGGAAGAAGAACAGAGAGCCCGGAAAGAUCUGGAGAGGAUAGUUCGAAGAAUGCUAAAGAAUAUGAACGACCCAUCUUGGGAUGAGACAAACUUAUGAUAUCAGUGUGGCCAGUUUUCAAGUUUAUGUUCUGUGUUACACUAGUGGUUAAAAGUGAUUUCAACCAGAGUAACAUUUCUCAAAUGUUGUUCUUUCCACAUAUGUUGUAAUUCAGUUGUAAAUACGUGUCUGUAGUUACUUUUAACUGGCUCAUUUUUAACGUCCAUACCCUAAAACAUGCUAUUUCAAUGCAUUUACACCAAGCAUGUGUGCUUGUAAAUUUACAAGUUUGAAAAUCUGACAAGCACUAAUUAAAUCCUGACAUCACUUUUAUGCUAGAUUCUCUUUUAUGUGGUGUUACGAGACAGACAGUACCUCAUUUUUUCCACAUGCAACUGAUGUAGAAAUUGUGACCAUCAUGACUGCUUAACCUGUAUUUCUACAAAUUACUUUGUAAAAAGGUUCAAUAUGUAAUCUUAAAUACUCUAUUUUACUGUUACUUUUUUUUUGUUUGUUGAGAAAAUCUAUUUAGACAUACUCUGAAUCAAGAUGCUGAAUCUGAAUAUUUCAAUGAUGUCAAGUUUGCAUUCCAUUGAAUUGUUUACAAAUAACUACAAUUUUGAUACUUAAUGAAAUAUUAAACUAUGGGUAAUAGCAACGGUCAUACUUUAUGCUAAAUGAGGAACACAACAAUAAGCUCAUAGAUGUAUACUUGUAUGUCGGUAUGCUGGGAAUAUAACUUUUUUUAGGUGCCAUUGUAACUCAAGCUGUGACAGGACUUCAUUACUGUGAUACCUUCUUCAUCACUAACUGCCCUUUAUACCUGUGAAAUAACACUUUAUAACUGUAUACAUUUCAGUGUCGCUUAUUAAGUGUGAGCAAAGUAAAUGCCAAACCCUUUUUUAUGUCAAUUCUUACUGUAAUGGACUGUUAUUCUUGUAGCCCUUACGAAACACUAGUAGAAUAACCUCGUCUGAACUCGCAGGAUAUUUAUUAUGGAGUGUUCUUUACCUCAGAUCCAUGUUGUAAAUGUAUUCUGUAAAUAAAGAGCUCUCUUUGUUAGUUGUGUCUCUACCGGAGUGGCAUCAGUUGGGCAAUGGCAAUUAUUCAAAAUGUGUGCAA